AGGGCCUAUCAGGGGCGCGGCGAGGCGGGGCGCGCAGGGGCAUCCGAGCCGGUUUGACGGAAGGAGCGGCGGCGGCGGAGGAGGAUGGAGGCGGUAGUGUUCGUCUUCUCGCUCCUCGACUGCUGCGCGCUCAUCUUCCUCUCAGUGUACUUCAUAAUUACAUUGUCUGAUUUAGAAUGUGAUUACAUUAAUGCUAGAUCAUGUUGCUCGAAAUUAAACAAGUGGGUGAUCCCGGAGCUGAUCGGCCACAGCGCUGUCACCGUGCUGAUGCUCGUUUCCCUGCACUGGUUCAUCUUCCUCCUCAACCUGCCUGUGGCCACUUGGAAUAUCUAUCGGUUCAUAAUGGUGCCAAGCGGUAACAUGGGAGUGUUCGAUCCGACAGAAAUUCACAAUCGGGGGCAGCUGAAGUCGCACAUGAAAGAAGCCAUGAUCAAGCUUGGUUUCCACUUGCUCUGUUUCUUUAUGUAUCUUUAUAGUAUGAUCUUGGCUCUGAUCAACGACUGAAGCCGGGGCCGCCGCGGCUGGAGUCCGCCUGCACGACGGAGCGCAGCGAGGGGCCGCAGAUGACUCGAGUCACCCUUAGGACCGCCACCAUAGCAGUAUAUUUUUUCCUCUUCGAACAAAAAGUAUUUUUGCUGUAUUUUUACCAUAUAAAAUAUUCAAAAAACAUGAAUUGAA